AUGGCUUCCCCGGCAUACCUCUUGCUCUUAGCAUUCGGAACCAUCACCACUGGAUGUCUUAACUCGCUCUUUACCAAAUACCAAGACAACCAGUGUGUGCGCAAUUGUAAUAACCCAGAUGUUUCAACUCACAAGAACUUUGAACAGCCAGUCCUUCAAACACUUCAAAUGUUUAUAGGUGAGUUUUCUAUUUACAUGGUUUACUGGGUGCUCUAUAAGUCUAAAUAUGCUCUUAAACAGAGUAACAACGGAUACACUGAAAUUGGAAACCCUUCGUCCAGGGAUAUUACAUUCGUGCAGUCAUUUAAGUUGGCUCUCCCUGCAAUCUGUGACAUUUGCGCUACAACGUUAGUUAAUAUUGGUCUCUUGUACACUCCCGUCUCCAUCUAUCAGAUGACUAGGGGCUCCGUGGUACUCUUUGUUGCAAUAUUUUCAGUCAUCUUUUUACACAGGAAGAUUACCAAGCUAGAGUGGAUAUCGUUAGUUUUGGUUUCAUUGGGCGUUGUCAUAGUGGGUCUUAGUGGUAUUUCAAAUGACUCCGCAAGUACAGAUGAGAGCACCGACGGUACUUCUACUAUCUUGAUCGGAAUGGUAUUUAUCGUAGUGGCAAUGUUAUGCCAGGCAGCUCAAUUUGUAGUGGAAGAGCAAAUUCUUUCCAAGCAAUCCAUCCUACCAUUGAGAUUGGUGUACUUCGAAGGUUUCUACGGGGCCUCUAUCUUGUUGAUAGCCUUCAGCUUCAUGCAUGUUGUCAUUGGAACCUUCUUCAGUUCCUCACCAAAAGAGUUUAAAGACUCACCAUUCAACAUUGUGGAGUCGUUCUCCCAAAUGUUUAGUAACAGAAUAGUACUUAUAUCCUCCAUUUGCAUCAUGGUAUCCAUUUCGUCAUUUAACUUCUUCGGUAUAUCCUUAACGCACGAAUUGUCUGCCACCUCUAGAAGUACGGUUGACACUUGUAGAACAUUAUUGGUCUGGAUACUAGCAAUCGCCAUGGGCUGGGAAUCCUUUGCAUUUUUACAGUUUUUAGGGUUUGUGGUGAUGGUUUUCGGAACGUUGUGUUUCAAUGGAGUGUUAAAUCCUGAAAAGUGGAAUUGGGUCCCUGCUUCGUUGAAAGAAGGUGUACAUGUGCCAAUUCUUGAUCAAUUGGAAGAAGACCCAAUAGAAAGAUCAUGA